AUGGCGACCUCCUUACAUUAUGUUUUGCUUUUGAUAGUUUCCGCUGGCCUUCUUGACGCUGCAGUUCUUGGCGACUUAGUGACGUCACUACCGGGUUUAAGUUUUGAGCCGGCUUGGAGACAUUAUUCUGGAUAUCUGAAUGCUUCUGGUACGAAACGCCUGCACUACUGGUUUUUCGAAUCUGCGGAUAGCCCGAGCACGGAUCCUGUACUACUGUGGAUGAAUGGCGGACCAGGCUGUAGUUCAUUGGUCGGGUUGUUCACGGAAAAUGGACCGUUUCGAGUAAUGUUGAACGGUACCGUUGUAUAUCACGAAGGUAGUUGGAACGAAAUCGCAAAUGUUUUAUACCUGGAGGCACCUGCCGGAGUCGGAAUGUCGUACUCGGAUGAUAAAUAUUAUCGAACCAACGAUGACGAAACUGCAAGUGACAAUUAUUUAGCUAUCAAGGACUUUUUCUCCAAGUACCCAGAAUAUUCCAAAAAUAGUUUUUAUGUUACUGGUGAAAGUUACGGUGGAAUCUACGUUCCGACUUUAAGUGCGUUAGUCGUAAGAGAUCCUACAAUAAACUUCAAAGGUAUGGCGAUCGGUAACGGAAUGAGUAAUUACGACAAGAAUGAAAACGCUCACGUAUAUCUGGCUUACUACCACGGUUUGAUCGGAGAUUCUCUAUGGCGCGAUCUGAUUAACUCUUGUUGUAACGGGACGCUGGAAGAACGGUGCAUGUUCACGCUGCAUCAAGACCGACCUCACUGUAAAGACGCAUUCAACACUGCCCAUCACAUCGUUUUCGAGGGUCAGUUGAAUUUUUACAAUGUAUACCACGAGUGCCGAAACUCCAUAUCACUUCCGGUGGAUAAGUUGAAAAUAUCCAUGGGAUGUUUGGACACAACCUCAGUGGAUAGAUACCUCAAUACACCGGAAGUUCGGAAAGCUAUCCAUGUACCGGAUUUUGUGCCAAGAUGGGAGGUAGAAACUCCAGCGGUGAUGCUUCAUUAUACGGAAGUGUACCCCGAUCUUUCAGCACAGCAUCGCGAAGUGCUGGAAGCAGGUAAACGCAUCAUGAUGUACAACGGAGAUGUGGACUUCGCUUGUGAUUUUCUCGGUGAAUCGUGGUUUGUCGAGGAUUUGGGACUGGAGUUAGUCUCCGGGAGAAAGAUGUGGUACUACACAGCCCAGGAUGGGACGACCCAAGUGGCAGGCUUCAUCACAAAAUAUAAAAAUUACGAUUUAGUGACCGUCAGGGGUGGCGGCCAUCUUUCUCCUGCCGACAAACCCUUUGAAGUCCUGCAGAUGAUGAAAAAUUUCUUGGUCGGGGAAUAA